UUGGUACAGAAUGGUCUGGUAAAUAUACAAUUGUAUUAAACUCGGAUAAUAAAAGAUUUGGAGGCCAUGAUAGAAUAAAUGAGAGCAUAGCUUAUUUUUCAUCACCUGAAUCUUGGAAUGGAAGAAAGAAUUCUAUCAAGGUUUAUAUUCCAUGUCGUGUUGCAUUAGUUUUAGCACAUGAUUAA